AUGUUUUUUUUAUUAUUUUUAGAAAUUCAAAGACAUCAAAGUGGAUCAAAAGAUUCCCUCGUUAAACCACCGCUUCUUGAUAUCCACAAAGGCAAACCACUCAAACUUUUGGUUCGAGUUUUGGUCCCUGUUAAAGAUCAUCCAAAUUUCAAUUUUGUCGGCAAACUUUUGGGACCAAAAGGUAACUCUCUCAAGAGGUUACAAGAAGAAACACAAACAAGAAUGGCUAUACUAGGAAGAGGAUCUAUGAGGGAUAAGGCGAAGGAAGAAGAAUUACGAGGCAACGGAGAUCCAAAAUAUUCUCAUUUAAAUGAGGAAUUACACGUGGAAAUCACAGCUUUCGCUCCAGCAUCGGAAGCAUAUUCACGUAUGGCACACGCAUUGAGUGAAGUCAAGAGGUUCCUGGUACCGGACUACUACGACGAUAUACGCCAAGACCAACUACGCGAAUUGGCAUUGUUGAAUGGAGAACGUUCUGGACCAAAAGCUGAAACAUUCGGUUCCCCACCCCCACUUCCGCCCCCAACUGGUUCCACGAGCUUAACGGUUCGUCUUCGACCGUCGACAACACGGGGUCGGAGGUAUCCAGUUCCUACCUCACCAGCUGGAAGAAGUCUUGUCCAAGGUCCUGGUAAAGUCACGACAAUGUGGAGAGCACCACCUCCAAGAUCUAUACCCCCUCCGGCUGGUAGGAUAGUAAUGAAGCAACGUGUACCAGAGGGAACAACUUAUCCCGAAGACAAUGGACAUAUGUAUGAAGAUGCUUAUAAUGAUCAUGCAUAUACUGAAGUAUAUGAAGAAUUAAGUAAUGAAAACUAUCUUGAUGCAUACCCUGAUGAAUAUGAAGGCAAUGGAUAUACAGAACCUGAAUAUAUUCAUGAGCAUUGGAGCUCCACAGUUGGACGUGGAGGAAGAAGCAAAAGUAUCAGCGGCGUUACCAGCCGUCCUCUGAGUAGAAGCAGCAUUCGAAGCCAUCCUUAUGGACCACCACCUCAACCCGUCCUAUAUUAAAUAAAACCAUCACCUUUAUUUGGUUUCUUUUGUACAUAUUCCCAAAAAAAACAAAAUAUAUA